UAGAAAAAUAACAGAAAGUGCAGUUAGUCUAAAAUAAGAAGUAAAAAAAAUGUUCUUGUGAUAUGCGCUUUGAACAGUCUCAAAUUCUGUUAUUUUAAUAACCAAAAAUGUCAAACGCAGAAGGUUCAACUUGUAGCACACCUCAGCGGAGUGCGUCUGGAGAAGAUUCGGACUCUGAUUAUGAAAAUGAAAAUGUUAGACCAAGAGGUUUGACAGGCCUACAAAAUCUAGGCAACACAUGCUACCUGAAUUCAGCCUUACAGAGUCUCUCUAACUGUCCUCCACUUACCAGGUACUUCUUAGAUUGUCCACAACUUAUCUUGCCUGACAAGACUCCCAUGCUUUCUCGCAGUUACUUAAAACUAAUAACAGAACUUUGGCACAAGAAAAGACCAAGCUAUGUCGUACCCAGUGGAGUAGUGACAGGAAUAAAAGCUGUGCAUCCAAUGUUUAGAGGCUACACCCAACAGGAUGCUCAAGAAUUUCUGCGUUGCUUAAUGGAUCAGCUGCAUGAAGAGUUGAAGGUUCCCUACUCUGAUGAUAGUGAAAGUGAAGAUGAAGAUGCUGGUGGGGGUGGGAGAGAUGAUGAUGGUUCCAAUAAUGCUACUAGUGCUGGUAGUGCGUCAAAUGAACAGAAAGUAUUGUCAGGUGAAGGUAUCAACAGAAGGCCCUCCUUUGAUUCCAUUAGUAGCCAAUCAGAGCUGGACUAUGAGACAUGUGACUCUGGCCUAAGCAGUGAAAGAAGUUCAAACGGUGGACGGGAUGCUGGCUCUAGUGAUGAGAACAACAGUGACACCAAUGACGGCUCUAGGCCAAAGAAAGUUGAGAGGGCAAGAAAGUCUAGUGCUGCUACCUCCCAGGUUCAGGAUGGCACAGAUUGUGUUGCCAAUACAAAGGAAAUGAAAGAAACAGCAAAUUUAUUAGAAAAGAAAAGUGAAUCUGACACCCAUGGUCGGCGCCAUUCACGCAACAGACCUGUAAUGGAAGGAGGUGAUUCACGUGAACAAGGGAGCACAUCCUAUCUGUCAGUACCAGUUAAAGAUGUUGAAUCUCCAACCUCGCCUCAGCCACAACAAACUCAGCCUCUUUCUUCCCCAUCAAAACCCCGUAAAGUGAAAAAUACAAGAUUUGAAAGCAUAAUCUCUCAAACAUUUGAUGGCAAAAUUCUUAGUUCUGUCCGGUGCCUCAAUUGUAACACAGUGUCCACGACCAAAGAGACAUUUCAAGAUCUAAGCCUCCCUAUCCCUAGCAAGGAUCACCUCCAUAUGCUUCACUCUGGUUACCCAGCAGGGGGUGUGGUACCACCUAAAGGAGGAACAUGUGGAGAGGUGCAUCAAGGCUGGCUGGCCUGGAUGUAUACAUGGAUGAAAAGUUGGUUUAUUGGCCCUACCAUCACACUGCAAGAUUGUUUGUUGGCCUUUUUCUCCGCUGAUGAACUCAAGGGAGACAACAUGUACAGCUGUGAAAAAUGUAAAAAGUUGCGAAAUGGAUUGAAAUACUCGAAAGUACUCCAGUUGCCAGAGAUUCUAUCCAUUCAUCUGAAGCGUUUCAGACAUGAGUUUUAUUCAUCUAAGAUCAGCACUUAUAUCUCAUUUCCUUUAGAAGGCUUGGAUAUGGAGCCCUAUCUUUACAGAGGAAACAUCAGUGAAUCAAAGUUCCACAAAGCCUGUAAAGACGAGGUAACUUUGUAUGAUCUUGUUGCUAUCAUUUGCCACCAUGGAACUGCAGGAGGUGGCCACUACACAGCCUACUGUCUGAACCACCUGAAUGAGCAGUGGUACGAGUUUGAUGACCAGUACGUCACAGAAGUUGACAUCAGUCAGGUCCAGAAUUGUGAGGCCUAUGUGUUGUUCUACAGGAAAAGCAAUAAAGCUAUUGAGAACGUACGCCAAAAGGUUAUGGAUAUGGAGCACAAUGAGACAAGUAUUCUCCGGUUCUACAUCAGUAAACAAUGGAUGAGCCGGUUUAACACUUUUGCUGAACCUGGACCCAUCACCAACAAAGAUUUCUUGUGUAAACAUGGAGGAGUCCCCCCAGGAAAAGUCAGCCUGAUUUAUGACUUGACAGAGGAAGUCCCACAGUCAACCUGGGAGCUACUCUACAACAGGUUUGGGGGUGGCCCAGUGUGCAAUCACCUGUACACCUGUAAAAUUUGUCACAGUGAACAAGAGAAGCUCAGGCAGAGGCAAAAGAUGGAGAAGGAGACCUUUAUUCAAUUAAAUGAAGAUUUCCAAGAGGAGCACACAGAUACUGUCUAUGCUAUCAGCAUGGCAUGGUUUAAGGAGUGGGAAGCUUUUGUUAAAGAAAAAACUGAUUUACCGCCUGGCCCAAUAGAAAACAGCAGGAUCAUUGUCUUUAAAAAUGCUCAGCCGACUCUAAGACAAACCUCAGAUUAUGGACAGUUAUCCAAGGAUAUGUGGCUGUUCCUGCAUAGAAUCUAUGGUGGGGGCCCGGAGCUAAUCAUCAGACAGUCAGCAGGGACUUCAGUCAAGCCUACGUCAUCUUCACCCACUCCCACUACUGCGGUGACCCAGCCUGUGACGUCCCCACCAGUCCUGUCAUCCUCGCCCUCAGGCUCAGCGCUGUCUCAAAGCCCUCAGUCACCGGCUGUCACCACAUCACCAGCGACAUCAUUUGAGACCACAGCAUCACAAACUGCAUCAGUUUCAUCUGUGUCCACAUCAACCUCCACUCACCCUCCCUCCUCCAGUACCUCCAGGUCAUGUGACUCUGGGUCACCUGUGAGUAAUGAGGUUAGAGACUCCUCCUCCACCACACUGGAGAGCCACGUAGAACCAGACACAACAACCACUGCUCUAGGGGAGUCACAUGCCCACACCCCUCUGUACAAAGACUUGGAGCCAGACAGCUCUAGUAUCCCUUCAGCUCAUAGACCUGCACCAAAUGAAGACGUUGAGAAAGCUCUUGAUCCCAAUGACACUGCUGGAGCAGUCUCCACAUCCAGUGCAGCCAAAACUCAUUCUACCCCAUCCUGCACUCUUCAAGCAAAUAAAAAUGAAAAAAAGUCGCCAGAUAAACAUGAAACCAAACCAGCCAGAGAUACUUCAGCUCAGCCCAAAUUAUCCCCUCCAUCACAAAAGAACACUAACCCUAGAGGACAUUCCAAGCAUCCACCAAAAGCUGAAGCUGAGAGCGGGGAAAUUGUUUCUUCAAGCAUAUGUAGAUCAGCAGAAUGUAUCAGGCAGUCAGACUCUAGUACAUCACUGUUCAAGUCUAAAGCAGCUUCCAGCGACAGCCUACCAGACAGUGGCUUUGGCACAGACCUCAGCUGCAAUGAUCUGCUGUCUGUUGUAUCAGAGACCUGCAAGGCUGGCGGCAGGGAGAAAGUGUCUGCUAAAGAAAGUCUAAGCGAUGUUACUAAUUUGGACCUACCUUGCAACACCUCUGAAGAAUCAUCUUUGCUGCCCACUUCGGCAGGUUCUGAGAUAUCCCAGGAAUCAAAGCUCUGUCCCCCCGCGGAGGCUGCUUCAGCUAAAGGUGCUGCACCAUAUGUUGCAACUUUUGGGAAAGGUAAACGAAGGAACAAAAAAGGCAAGCAUAUGGAUGUAACAAAGAUAUGAUCUGACUGUAAAUUCCAGUUGGAUGUGCAGUCACUCCCAUCUGUGAUUUCACUCGUGUAGAAACGUGUACAUAGACUUUAGCUAGACACCCUGUUGAUAGUGUUGUUCAAAUUAAAUGACCUCUUCAAAAAUGGUUUCAUUAGAAAUAAUACAAGUCUUGUUUUAAUCUGACAUUAUUCUUUUUCCAUUUAUUGUAUUGUUAACUCUGCAUUGUUAACAUUAUAAUUUUUAUUUCUCCUCUGCCUUUUAAAAAAAACUAAGUCAUGUUGUUAAAAUUAUCUGAAAUUUUAAAUGUUAAAUACAUUUUUAGUACUAUUGAUUUUUUUAUUGCUUUCAAUUAUUGCAUUCAAGUUAAACAAUCACUCAUUGUAAUUAAUAUUUAAAAAAUUUGUUUUAGAGUCACACUUUUUAAAAUAUUUAUUGAAGUUUGUUUCUAAUCAUGUCUAUGAUAGCUAUUCAUUAAUCCAUACAUUCAUUUAUACAUACCUAUAGCUCAUUGUACUUGGUUAGGUCCAAUAUAUUUUGCCAUCAAUGCUUAUAUUUUGCAUUUUGUUUGUUAUGCUAUUGUUUUAUUGCUUUACCAUUUGCUAUUUGGAGAACUUCUUUAAAUCUGUUGGACAAUUUUACAAAAUGUGUAAUAUUUUUGAGACAAAACUUGAUGUUUUUUCUAAUUUUGAUAAACUAAAUUAAAAUAUCUUGUUUAAGGUUAGCUGAUGUUCAAAUAUAUUCUAAUAAAAGUCCUAAGUGAAGUUUUGUUAUUAGAAUUCUUCUAAUUUAGUUAAGUGAGAGUUAACCUGAGAUUGAGCUAUGGUAACAUUGGCACUAAUAUAGUUGAAAUGUGAAUUGUAAAAAAAAACUAAAGAUUAAUAUUCUUAGCCAUACUCUUUUUAAUAAAUGUAUAACUUAUUUAUUAAAGUGAAGUUUUUCUAUAAUGUAUAUAAUUUUCAGAGCUUGCUUAUUAUUUUUGUUCUGUUUUCUAGCAUUGCAAUUUACAAUUUUGAUGCAAUAUUUCUUCAAUUAUCAUGUUAUUUCUUGAUUAUCCAAAUAUGAAGGAAACUGAAUCCUUAAAUCUUCAUAUUUUUUCUUUCUUAACUUAUACUAAUGCUUUUUUGAGGAGGUAGCAUAAUUAAAAUUAAUGUGUAACGAUUGCGUCAAUUUAAUAACAAUAAGAUUUAAAACAUUUGCACAUAAAAGAGCUAGAAGUCACUUUGGAAUGUUUAAUGUACAGGUUGAUUUGGCUGUUCACAAUAAAUCGUUAAUGCCAAGCCAUAAUCUUUACAUGAGCUCACUCUUGAUAAUGCUCAAAUUUCGAUUCUCGUUUCAUUUUGUAGCACAAUAUUCCAGAUAUAAUCUAGUGCCAGUUCAUUUUAAAGAAAUCCUUGAAUAUGUACUUCCUUAUUCUAAAUUAUUUAACCAAUUUUGUUUUGCCAGUUUUGUUAUUUUGUUUUCCUUUAAUACUUAUUUCAUUUAGCAGUAAAAUGAUAACUUAAGCUGUAUGAAGCUACCCUUUAUCAGUAUAGUUAACUUGUAUUAUCAAUCAUAGAAAAACCGUAACUUAUUCUAGAUGUAGACAAUAAAACUUAUCAAUCAUAGAAAAACCAUAACUUAUUCUAGAUGUGGACAAUAAAACUUAUCAAUCAUAGAAAAAUAACUUAUUCUAGAUGUGGACAAUAAAACUUAUCAAUCAUAGAAAAACCAUAACUUAUUCUAGAUGUGGACAAUAAAACUUAUCAAUCAUAGAAAAAUAACUUAUUCUAGAUGUGGACAAUAAAACUUAUCAAUCAUAGAAAAACCAUAACUUACUCUAGAUGUGGACAAUAAAACCUGCCUUAUUAAUGUCUUCUACUACAGUAUUGGUUAUUUUUUUUAUAACAGUCAUCAUGCAUUUAAAAACAAAGUAGCUAGUAAUAUCUUAUAUUUUAGUAACAUUAAAUAAAUGAAUUUACAAGUACAUAUGAGUAACCUUUGAUAAUCUAAUUUAAAUGACCCUAAUUAAGCUAAUUAAAAAUUGUUUGAAUUGUUCUAAGAGGCUGUGUAAAUAUUGUUGUGAUUUGGACACAAUCUCCUAAGUGGUAUAUUAUUCUUUUCAAUAUUUAUAUAUUUAUUUCUCUUUACUAUAAAACAUCCAUCUAGUUGUAUUUUUUGUUGUGUUUAUUUAAAUUAUAAAAAAAGGAUUCAUUUUCCCAGCUGAUUGGUAUAAAAUUCAAAUCCUAGUUGUACAAUUUCAAAAAUCUAAAGCUUUCCAAUUGAACUUGAGCUUACAUCAAAUAAUAGAUCAUCUCUAUUUCCUACAUUCCAGCCCCCAAUGAAAUGUGUACAAUCAAAUUUUUUAAUUUAGAUUUCCCAUUGAAUCUGUUCAAUCGAAUUUUGUGUGGUUCCUCCCAAGUUAGAAACUUUUUUCCAAUUGUUAUAAGCAUGUUCUGUCCAAGUAUUUUAUUUCAAUAAUCUUACUGUUGGAUUCUCUGAUGGGUGUGCCAUCUGCCCUCUUGAACUAUGGUGGGAUGGGAAGGCUGAGGUAAAAGUUAAACCUAAAAUUGUUUGUUAUAUUUACAUAAUAAAUCUUGUAGAAAGUUGCUUAUUUUUUUCAAUUUUGAUCCUAAUUUUAUUUAUUGCAUAAAGAAUUAUAUUUUUAUACUGUUUAUGACAAGUAAUUUAAUUUAUAUUUAGCUUUAUAGGCUGUUGUUUUAUUUUGAUAAUUUCUGUUAAAAAUUAUGUUGGUACUUAAAAAUAAGUUGUACUUUUAUUUUUAAAAAUAUUACACAAGGAAACAGAAAAAGUUUUUUUUUUGAAAAUUUGGAUUUUUCAAAAUAACCUCUCUUCACUUAUAUUUUUGUUAGAGCUUUUCAAUAACUAUUAAGCAUGUGAUUUAUUGAAACUUACCUCCACUUAAAAGUUUUUUUGUAAUGUUUCAUUUUAAACCAUCCUGCUCUAGACAUAUAUAUAUAUAU